UGAUAUAUAAAUAUAUGUUGUAUGUAUGUUUUCAAAUUAUUGCUUUUAUUGUUGAAGACAUUAUCUCUUUCAUAAUCUCAACUGCAACUUCAGAGACCACGUUUAAUGUUUUUUAAAGAGAAAACACAGAAUUAAAAGAAUCCAAAACCAUCCUGACAACAAUACCAAUGUACUGCUAUGUCGACACAUUAAGUCAAUAUGACAAUCAUGGAAAACCUGAAACAAUCUCAGUCACAAAUAGAUAUUUCUGUAUCAACAUCUACACCAAAGUGUGCUCGUCCAAAGAAGAAAGGAGCACUUAGCAAGUUAGUCGAGAAGAAACGAAGAGACUCUCUCUCUGAGGUCAGCAGUGAUGCUAUCUCAGUUCAGUCGAUGAGAGAUGACCUGUUACUUCAGCAGCUUCCCAGUACGAUAUCGACAGUUACAAACACAGCAAGCAUGAUAGAAGUUGAGCAUUCACAAGUAAAUUGCGUGCCACAGUUUCAAGAAGAAAUUCGCGAACAAGUUCACUUUAGAAAUGGAAUCCUUACCCAAGACUCCUCUACUGAUGACAUUUCUCAGAAACAUAACAACUCAAUAUCGACACUGGAUACACUAAAUGCUGAGUCACUGUGUACCACUAAGCCCUCUCAAAGUUCUACUUUUGUAACACAGCCAAAUAAUCAGGGUCAUACACUGACGAGGACCAGCAGUGGUACCCUACUUCCGAAACAGACCGAGAGGUUUGUGUCUGACACAAAUUCGCAUCCUUUUAGGCAUUUCAAAGUUGCCACCGAAGACAGCAGGUCGUUGAAAUCUGCAAGAUCAUCUCCCUUUCAACCAAAACCCCCUGUGACCCCUCGAAGGAGCCCGUCUUUGUCUUCUGUUAAGCAAGAAAACGAUUCUAAUUCUCUCCCUUACGAACACAAAAUACAACGACAACAACAAGAGGAAGCACAACGACAACAGCAGGAACUGCAGCUAAAGGAACAACAACAACAACAACAACAACAACGGCAGCAGCAGCAGCAAAUGCAGAAAGAGAUUUUGCAGCAACCACAAAACAAAGGUGAGAACAUCAAACUGCCAUACCUGUCAAACAAAGAAAAUAGUGACGAGCUAAUUAAUCAAUCUGAACUGACUUAUCCUAAAAAGCUGACUCUCUCCCCGGAAUUACGUCACAUACCUAGUUGGCAGUUCGACUACGACAGCUCGGAUUUCUCAUCCACUAACAGCAGAAUCAACGACUCGCCUUCAUGCUCAAUGAUAAACAACAAUUUGCGGAGACUGUCUCCUCUUUCUAGUCCCAUCAUGGCUUCGCCUUAUAAUCGAAACAGCACAUUGCGCGGCAUCUUCAAGUCAGAGCCCACAUUUAAUGUGUCGCCGAGCGUAUUAUCCACUUUCUCGUCAACAUCAGCAUUGCCGGCUAUCACAAUUGAAAAAGCAAGAUCAAGGAGUUUUCUCUUUGGAAACAUAAACUCUGGAACUUCUUUGCUUGGUAAUGAAGAACUUCAGCGCUACUUCCCUAAUCGUAAAGUGAAGCUUUUCAUCGGUUCAUGGAACAUGGGGGAAUCUAAAGAUAUUACAACCCGUAAUUUAGAAGAUUUCAUUUUACCGGAAUCCUGUGAAUUGGUCCAAGAUAUAUAUGUUAUUGGAACACAAGAAAAUGCUCUCAAUAAGAGGCAAUGGGAAAUAACUUUACAAGAAACUCUCGGCCCCUCUUACGUUCUUUUCCACUCAGCAUCUCUUGGUUCUCUACACAUUGCUAUCUUCAUGCGGAGGGACCUUAUCUGGUUCUGUUCAAUACCUGAAGAAGACUCCAUCACCACAAGAGCUGUCACUAUGAUUAAAACAAAAGGAUCUGUUGCCGUGGCGCUGACAUUUUUUGGUACCUCCAUGCUUUUCAUCAUUUCUCAUUUCACAGCAUCCUACCAAAAGAUGGCUGAUCGCAUGAGCGACUAUGAGAAGACCAUCCGUGACUUGAGAUUGCCAAAAGGGUCCCAGCUCAGUGGCAGUAAAGAUGUUACAUCUCGAUAUGAUUCUGUCUUUUGGAUGGGUGAUUUCAACUUUCGCAUCAAUGGAACAAAGUGUCCGUUGUUAGAGGAAAUGGUGGUGAAGGACGACGCCAGGCCAAGACCAAAUUUUGAAAAAAUUCUUCAAAGUGAUCAACUAAUGGGGCUUCUCAAUGAAGGGAAAAUAUUCAAAGGAUUCCAAGAAGGAAGAAUCAGUUUCCAACCGACCUAUAAAUUUGAUGUGAAGUCUUUAAGCGAAGACGUCUCCGAAAAGGCUUUCUCUUACCACAAGCUACGUACUCCUUCUUACACAGACAGAAUAUUGUUUCGUUCACGACGUAAAAACAUCAUUGUUUGUACUGAUUAUAACAGUGUCAUGAACAUCAACUUAUCAGACCACAAACCUGUUUACGGAGUGUUUGAAGUUUCGCUGAGACCUGGAAGGGACACGAUGGCAUUGGCUGCUGGAAAAUUCAACCGAGAAGUUUAUAUUGAAGCGAACCGUCGUCGAGCUGAAAACCAGUUUGGUCAACCAGUGAAUGACAAGUCCAGUUCAGUCUGUGCUAUACAGUAAUUCUCUGGAGAAGCAACAUUCUCUACCAAACUGUAUUGAACGAUAAUUGAACCAAUCAUGACGUGAAAGUUUCCAACUCCGGGUAUAUUUAAUCUGACGAGUAACACACACACCUUAAGUUAUUAGAGAAAAAAA